AUGCCCUUCACCAACCCAUUCGGACUGAACACGUCGAUCUGGCGCAUCCUAGGCGCUUCGGCUGCUGUGACCUACUCAGGCUGGGGCAUAUGGCAGAUUCUAUCUCCUGGUCCGGCCGGACUGGAACUUUUCGGCGUACCUCCCAAGAGAGUAACGGCCACCGGACAAGAAGAAGUUGACGAGACGGCGCGCUAUCUAAUCCCCAUAAUUGGAGCGCGGGACUUGACCAUCGGCUCUGCGAUGGUAUAUCUGGGCUAUGCAGGGAAAACGAGGGAGAUGGGAACCGUUCUUGCAGCGACGACGAUUUUGGUUAUUGUCGACUUGGUUGGAUAUUAUAAAAUAUGGGGUGCUCGAUGGACGGCUUUUAUCGGUGUUUGGGCAGGAACUUGGAUCACAGCUGGCGUGAAGAUGAUGGGUGGGGCAUAA